CUUGCACCGAGGAGGACAUUUGUACCUUUAACCUGCAGCUCGAAGGCCCGACAGCAGCAGCAAACAUGCCCGGGUUUGAUUACAAGUUUCUGGAGAAGCCAAAGAGACGCUUCCAGUGUCCGCUCUGCAGCAAGGCGAUGCGGGAGCCGGUCCAAGUGUCCACCUGUGGACACCGCUUCUGUGACACCUGUCUGCAAGAAUUUCUAAGUGAGGGCGUCUUCAAGUGUCCAGAGGAUCAGCUGCCGUUAGACUAUGCCAAGAUCUACCCGGACCCUGAGCUGGAGCAGCAGAUCCUGGCGCUGCCCAUCCGCUGCAUCCACAGCGAGGAGGGCUGCCGCUGGACCGGCCAGAUGAAGCAGCUGCAGGGCCACUUUUCCACCUGCGCCUUCAACGUGAUCCCCUGCCCCAAUCGCUGCUCCGUCAAGCUGACGCGCCGCGACUUGCCCGACCACCUGCAGCACGACUGCCCCAAGCGCAAGGUGAAGUGUGAAUUUUGUGGCAGCGAAUUCACCGGUGAAGCCUACGAGAACCACCAGGGCGUGUGUCCUCAGGAGAGCGUUUACUGUGAGAACAAGUGUGGAGCGAGGAUGAUGCGUCGCCUGCUGUCCCAGCACAGCAUGGCCGAGUGUCCCAAACGCACGCAGCCCUGCAAGUACUGCGGCAAGGAGUUCGUCUUCGACACAAUCCAGAACCACCAGUACCACUGCCCUCGCUUCCCUGUCCAGUGCCCAAACCAGUGCGGCACGCCCAACAUCGCCCGAGAGGACCUGGCCAACCACGUGAAGGACAACUGUGGCAGCGCUCUCGUUCUCUGUCCCUUCAAAGACGCCGGCUGCAAACACAGGUGCCCCAAACUGGCCAUCGGCCGCCACCUGGAAGACACCACCAAGUCCCACCUGACUAUGAUGUGUAACCUGGUGGGUCGCCAGCGGCAGGAGAUCCUGGAGCUGCGGAGGGAGAUGGAGGAGCUGUCCGUCAGCCACGACGGCGUCCUCAUCUGGAAGCUCAGCGACUACUCCCGCAAGCUCCAGGAGGCCAAACUCCGAAGCAACCACGAGUUCUUCAGCCCGCCCUUCUACACUCACCGCUACGGCUACAAGCUGCAGGUGUCGGCCUUCCUGAACGGCAACGGCAGCGGCGAAGGCUCCCACCUGUCCGUCUACAUCCGCGUGCUGCCCGGCGAGUACGACAACCUGCUGGAAUGGCCCUUCUCCUACAAGGUGACCUUCUCCAUCCUGGACCAGAGCGACCCGUCGCUUUCCAAACCGCAGCACAUCACGGAGACCUUCAACCCCGACCCCAACUGGAAGAACUUCCAGAAGCCCUGCAGCAGCCGCAACUCGCUGGACGAGAGCACCCUGGGCUUCGGCUACCCCAAGUUCAUCUCGCACGAGGAGAUCAAGAAGAGGAACUACAUCCGAGACAACUGCAUCUUCAUCAAGGCUUCUAUAGAGAUUCCCCAGAAGAUAAUGGCUUAAGAUCCGACCUUUGUUUUGUGUUUAUGAAGGAGACAGAUGGGUUAAAGACUGGAACUGAAAACUUAACCUUGAAAACUUCGACACACUUACCCUUUAGAUAUUUUCUGCCCUUACAGCCUCUCCACCAUGGAGCUUGAAGUGAGUCUGUUUGGCAGUGCGAGCUGACUCGGAGGACCUUGAUGCAUCACAGAGGAGAAAGUGUUUGGUCUGCAGAACCAUCACUCUCUGGUGUUUCUUUUUAUUAAUUUUUUCUAUCUGUUUGUUGACCUUUUAUCACAGUCUACAACAAAAAGCCUUUGAAAUCAAACAGUGCCUAGAGAGUUUAUCUUAAGUUAUACUUUUGUUGUUGUUUCCGCAGUACAGAUGUUAAAGAUUAUGGAAAAGAUAUAAAAAAUAGGGGUGAAGGGCUUCACUAAGCCGCUGCACUUAGAGUAGAGGGAAAGAAAGUUAGAAGCUGUUCGGAGACGUCCCGCUUUAUCUGGGGUGAUCUAAAGAAGAGGGAGCUCAGCAGACUCAAGCUCAAGCCCGACUGCCUUUUGUUUACAUGCUCAUACAGUAUACUGAUCCCUGAACAAACACACAAUCCCCAGUAAGACCCACACGUGAGGUUUGUGUACACAACAACAAACAAAUCAGUGUUUACAGGUGAGAAACUAGCAGCUCAAAUAUUGGUCAUUUUCAUGUUUUAAUGGAAGAGAUUGAUUUUUGUUGAGAGAAUAACCCACCCUGGUUUUACCAAAUAUGAAACUACAGUGAACUGUUUGUUAGCUUAGCUUAGCAUAAAGGUAGCAGAAUCCUCCAAGCAGUAGCUGUAAAGCUCAUUAAAUAAUCAUUAUACAUGUUUGUAUUUUACUGGUUCAAUCGAUACAAAAAUCCUCGAACAGAGCCAUGCCAGCUGUUUCCUUUGGUUUCCAGUUUCUAUGCUACGCUAACUAGCUACUAGGUGUAGCUUUAAACGAAUCUGCAAGAUGUGAAAGUGCUAUAGUGGUAAGUCCGAUAACUUAUUGACUUUUAAAACCACAGAAAUCUGUCACGCUAAACCAAGGCUGCUUUUUCAAAAAAAGUUUUUCACCUGCCAACAUUGAAGUUACGUGUUACGUUACGUUAUGUGUGUGUGUUUGUCGGUAGGUUAACCUGGUGGUAAAUUAGCUUCGGGAGCGCUGCGAUGUACCAAACACACUUCAUAGUGACCCUAAGAGGCUUCAUAUCUACUGUGGAGUCCACCAAUAAGUUCAAAUAAAGCACCUUUUGUUGGUCUUCGGAUGAGCAGAGCAGACAAAGAGGCCAGUUGUCGGAGGAAACGUGCAUUUAAUAGUGAAGGAAAAGCCAUGUGGCCUUUUUAUAACAGUAUGUCUUCGCAUGAGGGUUUUAGGGGAGAGCAGGGCAACAUAAACACAUGCAUGCUUCAUGUUCUACCACCUGGAUCACAUUUUUUUGUACUGUAACCUGUAUUCUUGAAAUCCUCUCCCGUUGAUGGCUGUUUUUGUCCUUUUUUUUUGUCUUUUUUUUUUUUGGACCAUUUGAAAGUUGACAAAUUGUCAUAAGAAUUUUUUUUUUUUUUAAGUUUUGUUUUUCUAUACAGAAAAUGUGAACGCUGUCGGUAAUCUAACCUAUAAAGACAAUGAACACUUGGCUGUGAAGUGUAUUACGUAGCCUGGGCCUGGAUGGAGGGUGCACGGAGGCCGUUUGGAAAAGAUGGUUUAAUGACACAUAUGUGGGUGUCUCGGGACUGACUGCACACUUGUUACCAUGGUCACCGGUGUCUAUCUUCAGCUCGACACACAAAGCGGCGACGAGGAGCAGCCCAACGCUACACACCUGUCUCCAUCGCAGCACCAUCGGAGGGGCGGAGGACUUUGAUGAUACAGUACGCUCAUGAUGUAUGUGAAUACUAAUGUAAAAAUGCAGAAGCACAUUCUGUCUUUUUAUUAUUAUACAUGGAAAAACUCCUGAUUUCCUGUCAUAAUACCAGCUGAUAUUUUACAGUGAUUUAAAGAAACGAGAAGAUUAAAAAAAAAAAAAAACAAAAAAAAAACUUUUUUGUAAGAUUCUGUAUUUUUAAAAAUACUUAGCUGUUUUAUACAAAAAAAAAAUCACUUUUCGUUGGAGAGUCGGGGUUGACUUUGGGAAUUUUCAGACCCUUUCGUCUCUUGGACAUUUGGAUAAUUUGUUUGUCCGUGUGGUUUGAGCCUCACAUAUUCUGUCUGUAUUAUUUCCUCUUAAAAGUAUUUAUUUUAAGGAGCCGUCAUGUGAGUUUGCACAGACGGCGCAAAUGUUUUAAUAUGUUGAUUGAUGAGUGCUUGUCAAUUUCUUAACUGAAAUAAAAUACCAUAUAUUAUA